AUGGCGGCUGAGAGAUCUCUACAAAGCCUCCGAGAUGAGGUGACCUGCCCCGUCUGCCUGGAGUUGUUCAGGGACCCGGUGAUGAUCCUGGGCUGCGGGCACAACUUCUGCCGAGCCUGCAUCACCCAGUGCUGGGAGGGGGCCGAGACGGACGUCACCUGCCCCCAGUGCAGACAGACCUUUGCCCAGAGGCUCCUGGGCCCAAACAGGCAGCUGGCGAAUGUAGUCGAAGUGGUCAAGGGCCUGAACGUGGGGUCCGUGGAGGGAGCCGGGGGCAAGAUGGUGUGCGAGCAGCACGGGGAGGCUCUGAAGCUCUUCUGCGAGACAGACCAGGUCCUGAUGUGCGUGAUCUGCCGGGAGUCUCGGGUGCACCGAGCUCACCCUGUGGCUCCCAUCCAGGAGGCUGCGCAGCAGUGCAAGGAACAAAUUCAGACUCAGCUGCAGCUGCUAAGAGGAGAGAGGGAGAGGCUUGAAUCGCUGCAAUGGAGUGAAAGCCAGAAACACCAGGAAUACCAGCAAAAGGCAGCAGCUGAGAGGCAGAAGAUUGUGGCUGCAUUUGAGCAACUGCGCCAGUUUCUGGAGGAACAAGAGCGACUUGUGCUGGCCGAGCUGGGAGAGCUGGAGAGCAGGAUUGAAGAGAGUCAGGGGGAGACUGUCACCCAACUCUCCGAGGAGAUUUCCCACCUCAACAGCCUGAUAAGAGAGCUGGAGGGGAAGUGCCAGCAGGCCGCCAGUGACCUCCUGCAGGACAUGAGGAGCACACUGAGCAGGUGCAGGAAGGAGCAGUUCCAGCUGCCAGAGGGGAUUUGCCCAGAGCUGGAAACAAGACUCAGCAUCUUGUCUGGACAAACGCUAGCUCUACAGGAGACUCUGAAGUUCCAAGAGACGCUGCCAUCCAACCUGGAGAAGGGCAAAGGGGGACUACAGGGAUCAUUCAUAAAGGUGACGGUGACUCUGGAUCCAGACACAGCUAAUCCCAGGCUCGUCCUGUCUGCGGAUAGAAGAAGUGUGAGAUGGGCAGACACACAGCAGCCUCUGCCCGCCAAGCCUGAGAGAUUUGAUUUGUACUCAUGUGUGCUGGGCCAUGAGGGAUUCACCUCCGGGAGACACUGCUGGGAGGUGGAGGUGGGGCAGGGAGCCUGGGCCGUGGGGGUCGCCAGGGAGUCUGUGAGGAGGAAGGGAGGGAUCAGAUUUAGCCCCGAGGCGGGGAUCUGGGCGGUGCAGCGCUGUGGGGAUCAAUUCCAGGCACUCACGGCCACUGCUCCCACCCCACUGUCCCUGCGCCAGGCACCCAGGAGGGUGCGGGUCUGUCUGGACUGUGCAGGGGGGUGGGUGUCAUUUCUCGAUGCUGACACCGAGGUCCCGAUCUUCACCUUCCCACCGGCCUCCUUCGCUGGGGACAGAAUCCGGCCCUGGUUCUGGCUCUGGGUUUGGGGGGUUAGAUCUGAGCUCAGACUGUGCCAUUGAGUGAU